CCCCUUACAACAUCAUCAUGGCUGGGGAGCAGAUAACCUUUGAUCAGAAAUAUGUCUUCAAUUUACUUUCUAGCAAAAACUUCCCUUUUCUCCAAAAUCCUGAAAUUUCGAGACGCUUCCUGAAAUGGUCAAUGUUGGGGAGAAUAUCAGCCCAGGCCUUUAACUUCGACCAGAUAUUUUAUCCAUACAAAAAGGAUGAGUUUGUUUUGGUAAGUGUAAUCUUGGAAUGGGUAAGAUGUAACAAUAGUAUUCGAAAAUGUUUAUCAAAGAAGCAUUUUUUGAGGCUUUAUCUCUGUUUUUAUAUGAAGGAUUUUUUUCAAGAUCCUUGCGUAACGGAGAACUUAAAGGUCUUACAGUCUGGAUAUUGGACAUCCCUAGGUAAUAAAGUGACUCGUGUGGAUGUUGAGGUUAUCCCAUGCUCAAAGGUUUCGAUGGAUAUUUUUGAUCCUCUGCAUUCUGGUGGAGUGUUGCGACCAUCUGGACAUAUAGUGAAGUGUUACCAUGACAUUUAUGGAGACUUUGAUGAGCUGAGAAAUGUCUUGACCAUAGAGGACUCCGAUAAAUAUGAUCUAAUAAGACCUGCUGAUCGGGAGGAGUUUAUCUUCAAGCUUUUCAAACAUAUAUGUCUUGGUGGUGAACUGUGUCAGUAUGAGGAUAGUAUCAAUCCAUAUCUGGACACUGUGAAAGUAAUCUAUAAAGAUUUAGUGAGUGUGCAGAAAGACCGUGAGACAAAACAAAUCAACAUUGCUUCGACCAUUUUAAAAGUCUCCACUUAUGAUGCCUCUGGGUUGUGCUAUCCUGACAGUCUGAACUCGGAGCAAAGCUUUGCUUACCUCUGUGUUGAUCCUCUCAAGAGGCAUGUGUAUGUCUUGUAUCACUCCUUUGGCACAGGGCACCUUUCAUGCGCUGGUAUGCCACAUAGCUGAGUCCAAUCUAGAUUUGCAGUUUAUG